AUGGAUGAGUUCGUUAACCACAAGGCAACGGAGCUGAGGCUGGGAUUACCAGGAACGGACAAUGUAUGUGAAGAAACAGAGAGAGUUUCUUGCUGUAAUAAGAGAGCAUUACCAAGUGACACUGAGAAUGAGACUGAAUCAACCACGAGGAAAACCGAAACAUCCCCUCCUCGCAAGGCUCAGAUCGUUGGAUGGCCACCAGUUAGAUCUUACAGGAAGAACAUCAUUCAGACAAAGAAGAAUGAAUCUGAUCACGAUGGUCAUGGGAUGUAUGUGAAAGUAAGUAUGGAUGGUGCACCAUACUUGAGGAAAAUAGAUUUGAGUUGUUACAAAGGAUACUCAGAGUUGCUUAAAGCUUUAGAGAUGAUGUUCAAAUUCUCUGUGGGAGAGUAUUUUGAGAGAGAUGGAUAUAAAGGCUCAGACUUUGUGCCUACUUAUGAAGACAAAGAUGGUGACUGGAUGCUUAUUGGAGAUGUUCCAUGGGAGAUGUUUGAAUGUACUUGCAAGAGACUAAGGAUUAUGAAAGGAUCAGAAGCCAAAGGUUUAGGCUGUGUUGUAUGA